UCAGUACAUCACCUUUUCCUAUAUAACCAUCACCCAAUUUGCCAUCAAAACUCAUACUUACCUCAAACAUUUUUAUCUCCAUGGGAAUUCAAGCAAUGAAGGUGCAUCAACUGCCACGUGGACUCAUCUGGGACCACGACCCCCCUUCCCUCACCCUCGGCUGCAAGCGCUUCCGCCCCCUCGGCCUCAAGCUCUCCGCCGUCGACGACACCGCCGCCGCAUUCGAUCUCAAGAGCUUCAUCAAACCCGAUCAAUGUAGUCCAACAAACGCAGACGUUCAAAAGAAAGAAUCAUCUCAGGUAGAGGCGGCGCAGCCAGGCGGCACGCGGUGGAAUCCGACGCAGGAGCAGAUCGGAAUACUCGACAUGCUCUACCGUAGCGGCAUGCGAACUCCGAACGCCCAACAGAUCGAGCAGAUCACAGCGCAGCUAAGCAAAUACGGCAAGAUCGAAGGCAAAAACGUGUUUUACUGGUUUCAAAACCACAAAGCGCGCGAGCGUCAGAAGCAAAAGCGCACUAGCCUCGGCCUCUCUCCACGGACGCCUCCCCCGCCUCCCUUUCCCGCUUCUUCUCUCUUCCUCUCGUCGCCCAAUAAGGAAGAGGAGAAUAAUCGUAACAAGAGGAAGUGUGUUUUCGAUGAAGUGAAUGAGUACGGUAGAGAAGAGGAAGAGCAAGAGGGAGAUAGGACAUUGAAGCUUUUCCCUUUGCACCCUGAAGGGAGGGCUUCUUUGAGGGAUUAUUGUUGGGAUUAAUUAAUUAGAGUUAAUUUUAACUUAAUUUAAUCUUAUUUUGCUUUUGGUUGAUCCUGAGAGAAGAUGGUGUCUUUGUAGCUUCUUUACCUGUGAUUUUCUUUGAAUAUGAAGGGAAUAUCUUCUCUUUGUUGAUCAAUAAUGAAUUAUUUAUGAUUUGUGUGUGA